UGUAAGUUGGCAUCUGAACCUGGAAUGUGUAAAGGAUACUUCCCAAGAUUUUACUUCAAUCAUAAAAGUGGUAAAUGUGAAGGCUUUGUGUAUGGUGGAUGUGGUGGCAAUGAAAAUAAUUUUAAAAGUCUUCAGGUAGGUUCAGCUUUAUUGAAAGGGAUAUGA